ACGGACGGUUCAGCCGUUAGCCGCUCUGUCAUUGGAUGAUAAUCGGCUGGGCCGUGACGUCAGGAUUGUAAAACCCGUCAAACAGCACCCGUAUGUACUCGCGCAGCUGAGCUCUGUGUUGGACACACACUGGAAACAUGUCGGGAAGGAGAGAGCCCAGCGGAGGAACCAUGAAAUACACACCUGAAACAUAAACCGCACGUCAACCACAGAGGACAGACGGUGUGCUUGUUAUAUACGGGAGUUUGUUGUAGCUGCUUGUGGAGAGGGGGGGAAGGAGGAGGACGUUACUAUUUCACGGAAGCGGGCCAGUCGGGAUCGGAUGGACGGAUAAAGACACAGCUCGAUCCGAAAGAAACAGCCAGGCGGCCGGGUAGAAAGUGAAAGAGAGAGAGAGGACGGUGUGUGUGUGUGUGUGUGUGCUCAGAACAAGACGGGGUCGCUGCUUGCUAGGGGAUGUUAUCCGUACUGUCGUAUGGUAGACUGGUAGCCAGGGCUGUCCUGGGUGGGCUCUCUCAGACGGACGGUCGGGACUACAGCCUGAUCAGCGCCAGCUAUGGCUUCGGGAAAGACUUUCGCAAGGGGAUCCUGAAGAAAGGGAUGUGCUACGGGGAUGACGCCUGUUUCAUUGCCCGGCACAGGACCGCAGAUGUUUUGGGUGUUGCAGAUGGCGUAGGUGGUUGGCGUGACUACGGCGUUGACCCGUCUCAGUUCUCUGCCACCUUAAUGAGAACCUGUGAGCGUCUGGUGAAGGAGGGACGCUUCACUCCCAGUAACCCAGUGGGUAUCCUCACCUCUGGUUAUUAUGAGCUUCUGCAGAACAAAGUUCCCCUGCUCGGGAGCAGCACAGCGUGUAUCGUUGUUCUGGAUCGACGGAGUCACCGGCUACACACUUGUAACCUUGGUGACUCCGGCUUCCUGGUGGUUCGGGGAGGAGAGGUGGUUCAUCGCUCAGACGAGCAACAGCACUAUUUCAACACGCCCUUCCAGCUGUCCAUCGCUCCUCCGGGAGCUGAAGGGGUGGUCCUCAGUGACAGUCCCGAAGCAGCUGACAGCUCCUCAUUUGACGUGCAGCUCGGUGACAUCAUCCUGACGGCAAGCGACGGCCUCUUUGACAACAUGCCAGACUACAUGAUUCUUCAGGAGCUCAAAAAACUCAAGACUACCAACUACGACAGCGUCCUGCAGACUGCACAGAGCAUUGCGAAGCAAGCUCACGACCUCGCCUACGACCCCAACUAUAUGUCUCCUUUUGCACAGUUUGCCUGUGAUAAUGGGCUGAAUGUAAGAGGAGGGAAGCCGGAUGAUAUCACGGUGCUGCUGUCUAUUGUGGCUGAAUAUACAGACUAAAAAAGUGUGUGUGACAGUGCGUGUGUGCUUCUCUGGGGCUGGUCCUUCCUUUCCCGUCUGCCUGAGUCUUUCAACUGCAGCCCUCCACGAAAAUGCACUGCAGCCCGUGGGCUGACGGGGGAGGCCCGCCGACACAACGCACACUCCUCGCUGCGGGGCUGACGUCCACUUGUGUACAUUUUGUUUUCUUCCUGUUUUUUGUUUCGGUGCUUGAACGGUUAAGGGGAAAGCGGGCAGCUAGGACAAUUUCAUGUUGAUCAUGAUACAGGAAGAGAUGGUACGAUGGUCUAAGGGAUGCCUUUCAGUCUCCUGUGUCUCAUUGUGUGG